GGCCGCGCCUGCGCCUGUGCUGGUGGCUGUGCCCUCACCCGCCAGCGGGUGGGCGGGGGCCGAGGCCGGCAUGGCGGCGCCGCGUCCCUGCGCGGAGGGCCCCUGCUGCUCCCACCCCAGCUCGGCGCCCGGCGUGCAGCAGACGCUGGACGAGAUGGACUUCGAAAGGGGAAUCUGGUCGGCAGCCCUGAACGGGGACCUGGGCCGAGUGAAGUAUUUAAUCCAGAAGGCGGCAGAUCCCAGUCAGCCUGACUCUGCUGGCUACACUGCUCUGCACUAUGCCAGCCGCAAUGGGCACUAUGCUGUGUGCCAGUUCCUGCUGGAAAGCGGAGCCAAGUGUGAUGCCCAGACCCGCGGUGGGGCCACCGCCCUGCACCGGGCCAGCUACUGCGGCCACACGGAUAUCGCCCGGCUCCUGCUUUCGCACGGCUGCAACCCCCAGCUGGUGGACGCCGAUGGCAUGACCAGUCUGCAUAAGGCUGCUGAGCAGGGGCACGUGGACAUCUGCUCCCUCCUGCUGCAGCACAGCCCAGCCCUGAAGGCUAUCCGGGACCGGAAGGCACGGCUGGCUUGUGACCUGCUGCCCCACAACAGUGACCUGCGGGACCUGCUGGCCGGCUGAGUGGCCCCCUCCUGUCUCAGGCUGCGUGCAGACGGCACAGACUAGCUCUCCAGGCCCCCUCUCAGUUACUGCAGGGUGGGAAGCUGAGGCCAGGAGGCCCAGGGAGAGCCCCGUCCUGGCCGCUGUGGAAUCGGGGGGAGCAGCUGCACGGGGCUGCCGGGCCCCAGCCUGGACAGACGACCUCACGCUAAAUGAGGUCACGUGGAAACGCCUACCCAGUGGGAAAAAAUAAAGUUAUAUCCUUACCUCA